UUUAAAGAAUUUAUUUGUAAAUAAUGGUGGAAAAUAAGUAUUUGGUUAAUAACAAAGUCAAACUCAAUACUUUGUUAUUUACCCUUUGUUAACAAUGACAGCAGCCAAAGAUUUUCUCUGAGUCUUCACAUGGUUUUCACAAACUGUUGCUGGUAUUUUGGCCCAUUCCUCCAUGCAGAUCUCCUCUAGAGCUGUGAUGUUGUGGGGCUGUUGCUGGGCAACAAGGACUUUCACCUCCCUCCAAAGAUUUUCUACGGGGUUUAGAUCUGGAGACUGUCUAGGCCACUUCAGGACCUUAAAAUGGUUCUUAUGAAGCCACUCCUUCGUUACCCGGGCAACGUGUGUUUGGGGUCAUUGUCAUGCUGAAAGACCCAGCCAUGUUUCAUCUUCAAUGCUGAUGGAAGGAGGUUUCACUCAAAAUUUGACCAUUCGUGGCCCCAUUCAUUCUGUCCUUUACACGUAUCAGUCGUCCUGGUCUCUUUGCUGAAAAACAGCCCCAAAGCAUGAUGUUCCCACCCCCAUGCUUUACAGUUGGUCUGGUGUUCUUUGGAUACAGCUCAGCAUUCUUUCUCCUCCAAACACGAUGAGUAGAGUUCUCACCAAAAAGUUCUAUUGUGGUUUCAUCUGAUCCUCCAAAUGCUCUCUAGCAGACUGUAGACGGGCCUGCACAUGUACUGGCUUUAGCAGGGGGACGCGUCUGACCCUGCAGGGUUUCAGUCCCUGGUGGUGUAGUGUGUUCCUGAUGGUAGCUUUUGUUACUUUGGUCCCAGCUCUCUGCAGGUCAUUCACUAGGUCCUCCAUGUGUUUCUGGGAUUUUUGCUCACCGUUCUUGUGAUCACUUUGACCCCACGGGGUGAGAUGUUCCAGGGAGCCCCAGAUGGAGGGAGAUCAUCAGUUGUCUUGUUUGUCUAGUUGAGAUUCCUAAAAACUGCGGUGAGGAAGACCUGGAUGAGGAAGAUAAAAUGGGAGCCAAAGAUCUGAAUGAAACCCCUAAUGAACCAAACUCUGAUGAGCACAUUAACUCUGAAACUCUCGGCAGAGCUGAUCAUCAGCAGAACGAGAAUGGGCCGGCAAUGACGGACUCAAACCCCCAGGAGAAUUCAGCGACGGGCGGCGAUGACAGACCCGUGCAGGUCAGCAGGAAGCGUGGGAGGUCGCGCAGAAGAAAGCUGCUGGUUAAGCGCAAGAAAAGGGCUUUUGACGCAACAAUUCCUUUACCAGAUAGUUUGAUCAACCACAGUGCUGACGCUAUGCAGAAUUCUGUUGAGGACCACAGUAGUUCACCUCAGACAGACCCUCCAGACUCUGGCCGAAAUGAUAAGACAGACUUCUCGUUAGGGAAAAAACAAAAAAGAGGAAGACCUAAGAAAUCAGAAGCAGCUUUUGAUAACUCAAUUUCUGCACCUCCUCCUCCUCUUGCUCCUGUUAUUGUCAGUGGCCCUUCACGCAGCCUGAGGAGUAGAGGACAACCUCCUUCAUUCACUCCAGAACCCUCUGACAAAACACCCCAAGUAGCUUCAACAGAAAACACAAAUGCAAACCUUUUUCCUGGUGUUACAAGAAGACGGCGCAAGCCAGUGAGUAACCUGGAAGUCGUAGAAAACAUGUCCAAGCAGGAUAAUUCCCAGAAUGCCUUGUCAGCACUGAAAGACGGCAAAAACUGCGGCGAGGGGGCGGAUGAACCAACGGAGCCGAAAACCGAUGGAAAUACUUGUGGGCGAGAGCAGAACACCCAACUAACAGAGAAGUUGUUACCACUGGAGCCUGAAGCAAAGCCUUCAGAGAGUUUGAAAUGUUUAAUCGAGAUUAAAUACCCUAAAGUAAAAGAAUCAAUCAGUGUAGAUGAUACUGAGAAUUUAGAAACUCCAGACGCUUCUGGUUGUCCUGUAGAUCCGCAGAAGGAUGAGGCUCCGAGCACAGAUGUUACCAUUGAACAAACGCCGAAAACGGAGCAAGUUCAUUCCACUCUUGAGGCCACUAAUCCGGAACAAGUUCUAGCUAAAGCUAAACCUAAAGUCUCAGACAAGCAGCAAUGUUUUUACAGGCGCAAGAAAGGUGCUAAGAGAAGGAGAAGGCGACCUGUUCCUGUGCUGGAGAACCUAGAAGAGAAACAGGAAACGAGUGAGAAUGCUCCACAAACAACAGACUGCCCUGAGGUGAAACAAGAGGACUUUACCGAUGCGAACGGAGAUGUCACCUACUCGAAAGAUGGCAAGAAGCUGCAUAAAUGUAAUUACUGCGGUCGCCUUAUUCAAUUUCUGUCCCAAUUCCUAAUCCACCAGCGCAUUCACACGGGAGAGAAGCCCUUCAAAUGCAACGAGUGCGGAAAAACCUUCAGCAAGAACUCCAACCUCAAUCUUCAUCUGAAGAACCACAAAAAGAACACCAUCUAUCAAAAAUGUGAGUUCUGCAAAAUCCGAAUCGCUUCCUCCGAGUACGACUCACAUAUGAGGAUACACGACUUGGAGCAGGAGACGGUCAAGCCGGAGAUGAACAGCAGAAGCAGAGAGAAAACCCAGGAGCUCAGCGGGGGCGCCUCCCCGGAAAAGGAGAAGAAGGUCUGCCGGUACUGCGGAAAAACCUUCCCGUUCCAGUCAGCUCUGGUGCGACAUGUCCGCGUGCACACGGGAGAGAAGCCCUACAAGUGUGACAUAUGCGGCAAAGCCUUUGGCCAGUCCUACUUCCUGCGUGUUCACGAGCUCACGCACCUGUCGGUGAAACGUUACAACUGCACGCGCUGCAAGAAGUCCUUCGCUCAUUACAGCAACGCCAAAAACCACACGUGUCGCCCCGCAGGAGCUGGCGGCGGCUCUCAGGAGAGCAAAUCCCUAAAGCCUUCGCUGUCUUACACGUGCCACAUCUGCAAGAACGUCUUUGACCACCUGCAGGAGUUUAACUUUCACAUGAGACAGCACACUGGCGCCAAGCUGUUUCGCUGCUUGUAUUGUGACAAGCUGUUUGGUGCAUUGUCUGAAUUUAACGCCCAUCGGCGGCGCUGCGCCGCUAUGAGGAACUUGGUGGGCAGUCCGAUGAAGGAGGAGGAGACGCUGUCGAUGAUUCACUACACGGUGCCUGCACUUAGACUACACCCAUCAGGCUUUAGUCCGGCUCCUGCACCAGCUUUGAGUUACAAAGUGGAACCAAAACGGGUCAGGCGGAAGAAACGCCCCCUCCGUGUUCAUGCGCCGUUCCAGGCGACGGUCACGCCGCCUCAGCAGCUCUCUCAGCUGGUGUUAAAGCUUAACAAACUAGACAACAGAUCAGACCCCAGGAAGUAUCUGUGUCCAAACUGCGGCCGGCAGUUCCGGCACAUGGGCCGGCUCCGAGCACACAUGCUGACGCACGGCCCCGGUCAGACCUACACCUGUGCCUGCUGUGGCAAGACUCUUGAGAGCUGGAAAAACUUUUGGGUUCAUCAGAGAAUCCAUCGCCAGCGGCGCGGCCGCUUCACCUGUCUGCAGUGUGGCCGAGGGUUUCGCUUUGUCGGGGCUUACAAAAAGCACAUGAACGAGCACCCAGAGUUUCGCUGGAUAAAAGAGCGACCCAGAAAGCCCUUCCUGCCUUAUCAGUGCGAGCAGUGCCGAUGCAGCUUCAAGACUCUAGACCUGCUGUUCAGCCACCAGCUCUGCCACUCCUCUGACCAGGAGGCGCACAAAGGCUCCCACUUCGACUUCUUGAUCGAUGACAACAGCCUGCCGUCCAAUGGUAAACUUCCCAACUCCUCCAACAGAACUGGCCUUUCCUCGCCCCAUUUAGAGGACAUAAACAGCCCUCCUCUGAGCCGCUGCCACAAACAUCCAGACCCUGAAAGAUCGCCCCUGGUUCCUGUCGUUUCCUUUGCCCAGAGUCCCAGUCUGGAUUUGGAGAAUUCGUCUCAGGAUCCUAGCAGGACACCCAAGAAUAAAGAAACCAGUCCUGGCCCAAUCAGUAAAAAAUCCCCCAAGAAACCGUUUGGGUCUUUAAGAACUGUGAAAAGACUUUUGGCUGAGAAUAGCAGCAAACCGAAGGCGUCAUCGUCAGACGUACGAUGUGCCAUGUGCACAGCUGUUUUUCAGGAGGUUUCAGACCUUUAUCAUCAUUAUUUACAGCAUGCCAGAGGUCAGGUGUAGAAACAGUUCAUGUAGGAGUAGAUUACAGAUUGCGUUAGGACAGAUGCUUUACUGAAAGUCUCUUUACUUUGUUGCUUAAACACACAAAACAAUCAUGUUCUCAGACUCAGACAAAUAUUGGCUCCAAGAUUUACCUUGGUGCAUUUGUUGAGGAUGGGACCAAUUCUACCUUGUUCAGGUCAAAGUCACAGAUGUUUCCUAGUUUUGGAGUGAACAUAGUCUGCACUUUUUUAUCAUUGAAAAGAAUGUUCGGUUUCAUUCCAGCUUUGGCUUUCAGGUUUUGUAGAAGCAUAAAACAGAGAGCUGUUUCUUGGUGAUGCCUUGCUUUGUUUUAUGUAAGUUUAUGCAACACUGUUUUCAAAAUUAAAAUGGACUUUUGUAUCA